CACACUAACGCUCCCUCACACCGACAUGUCAAGAAAGAUGUCAACAUGCCCGUCUUUAGAGGAGACCCCUGUGGCAUAACUUGCUUGAUUCUUACAUAUACCGCAAUAUUUUACGCAGAUUAUGUCAUUAUCAAUUGGAUUGUGCUACAGACGAUGUCCAGCAGCUUAUGGGGAGCAUUACAUGUACUUUUAUUCAACAUACUCGUCUUCUUGACACUAAUGGCACACGUGCGAGCAGUCUUCAGUGACCCAGGGAUUGUGCCUCUGCCCCAAAGUCGGUUGGAUUUUUCAGAUAUGCAUGCAGGAGGAGAAAAAAAUGAUGAUUGGACAGUAUGUGCCAGAUGUGAAAUGUAUCGGCCACCACGGGCACACCACUGCCGUAUAUGUCAGCGUUGUAUACGCCGAAUGGACCAUCAUUGUCCAUGGAUUAACAACUGUGUUGGAGAAUGGAACCAGAAGUAUUUCUUGCAGUUUUUGAUGUUUGUUGGUCUGAUGUCUAUAUAUGCAAUGAGUCUCAUUGCAUAUUCUUGGAUUAAGGCUUGUCCAGAAUGCUCUAAAGACAUGAUGGUGAAACAGGGCCGAUUGUUGCAUUCUGUAAUAUUGAGUAUGGAAAGUAUUUUGUUUGGCUUGUUUGUUAUUGCCAUCAUGUGGGACCAAAUGCAAGCUAUCCUCACUGAUGAGACAGCUGUUGAACAGGUUAAGCGCCAGGGUCCAUAUCGUGCACGUCGACCAAAGAUGGCCCUUCUUCGGGAAGUGUGUGGUCGCAGUCGACCCAUACUGUGGAUAUUUCCCUGUACCAGUGCUCCUGUGAAUACUGAAGCUUCGUAUAAUCUAACUGUUUAAAAUUAUCAUUUGAAGUUGAAAAUUUAUAUUAAUAAUAUAACUUAAAACUUCUUCAAUUUAAACAUCACAUAAAUAUCAAAAGGUCAUUGAUGGCAGUAUGAAUGUUUCUCUAGUGACAUAUUGUCACUGCCACAUGUGAUGCUCUUUUUAAAACUACUGUACAGCUGAAUGCAUAAGUCAGUUUAGUGCCUAACCCUAUUGUCUACACUGCAUUUAUCUCAAGGCUAAACUUUGCAAAAAACAAGGAAUUGUUAGUCUGGCAAUUUCAUGAUUUACAUCAUGACUAAAAAAGGUGUCUAAUAGUUUUUAUACAAUUUUGAAUUUGAGAUUAGAAUUUAAAAGUAUGUUAUUAUACAGUACUUUAAGAAGAAUAUGUAUGAGAGAUAUAUAAAUGAAUGUUAACUACUAUACAGAUAGCUUUUGUACAAGAUUAGAUAUUAAGCGGGAAAACCGUAUUUCUGAAAGCUUGAUAUGACACACAGUGUUUAAAGAGGCACUACCAUACAUCAAUACUAUGUCUGUUAUACUAAGAGGUUAUGUCAAGCAAAUUAGUACCUAUUGAUCAAUCCAUUUAUUUACUAUGUAGUUGUGGUAUCACAGAUUAUCAAUCCCUUCCAUGUGAUAUACCAAAUGAAGUUUUUUAGAAAUGGUUUAUGGUAUAAGAAAUUAAAGUACUGUACAUAUUGAGGAUAAGAACAAACUCAUUACAAUCACUUUGUGGAUGAAAUCUCUCUUGCAGAACAAUUAACUUCUAAAAACUGUAUGGUCGUAUGUGUAGGAAUCUAGCUUUUUAUAGGAGUCUAUUUAGAGAAAGGAUCCUCUGAAUUGUGAUGAGAGGAUUGUGAGGGAUUUGUCUUGUAAGUCCUUGGUAUUUUAUUUAUAAUGUUCACUGAAGUGCUAUGGCUCAUCAAAAUGGCUGAAGAGAUGACAUUAUCAUCACAAAAAUAUUGCUGUUUUUCUUCUUUUUUUUUAUUAAUAACUUAAAAUUUUAUGUGAAGUGAAAUAUGCCAUAGAUUCUGUGGUUACAUCAUUUGCAGUAGUAUUUAUUUUCUUAACAAGUACUGUAGUCACUGAGUCACAGGUAAAUACAGUCUGUGAGUAAAGCUUCAUUAGAUUUUGGAGAUUCUGAAGUUGUUAACAUUUUUGCAAAUCAUUUAAAUAAAAUACAGUUGCAUUUAACAUAUAUGUUUCUAGAUUAGUAUUUUUUCUUCAAUUUGAUGUUGGGUACAAUUUGAUUUGAUUUAACCUCAAAAAGAAAUAUUAUUUAUUUACCCAGUUUGCCUCUUACUAAUAGCACUCUGACUUCAGUGAAUAUUCAAGGGUAUUAAAAUGCUCAUUGUUGUAUAUAAUUUCAUUAAUUAUCACACUUUUUUAACCAAUUAUGCGGGUUCCUCAGGACAGCAUUAGAAAUACAAUAAUAAAUAUGCAACCAGUACAGUACUGUACAUGUAUGUGAUGAUCGUGCAGGUGCUUUAGUAGACAGCAUGUUGGAAGUUAUACUGUGUAGGUUUUUAUCAUCUCUAGAGCCCAACUACUGUAUUCUUAAAAGUUCAAAAUGUCAUAUAGUAACAAUAAUCACAACCUUAUAUGCCAUAAUUUCAUUCUUAUGCUGUGGAUGCAUAUUCAGGAAUUCUGAUUCAAUCACCCAUAAGGUGGAAUGAUUCAACUUUGAGAAAAAAAUUCUUCAAGUUUCUUUUGAGGUAAUGUUGUAUACAGUAAACAGAAAAGAAGAUUGAUAUAUCAUUUGAGAAAUUUUUGUAUGUGUUGGCAUUAAGAAGGUAACACACACACACACCAUGCUGAAUGCUAGGAACUACUUAGAUGGGUACUGUGUAAGGGUUUUUCAUGUUAGUGAAGCUGAUUUUAAUAAUAAGAUAAGAUUUUUAUUGUAGGAAAUGUCUGUUGAAUGCCUUUGCACUUAAUAAUUUAUUACACUUUGAAUGAAUGGAUGGUUUACUAAUUGAUGUCCAAAAUUGCUUUGUCUUUGUUAUUUAUUUAUUAGGAUUCCUUGAUGCAUAUUUAAUGAAUGAACUCUCGAUCUACAUAUCUAUACAUCUAUCGAAUGUAAAUUUUCGUUUGUAUUAUGGUUGUUUCAAUAUUUUAUGUGCACCUUAAGUUUCUAAUUCAUUGAAGUUGAUAUAGAGUUCUGUACCAGUUUCAUAGAGCCCAUUCUUGGUAGAGGUCCUUGCUUCACUGAAGGCUGGACUGUGAGCAUGGGAAAGUCGAGGGUCCUUCUUCCAUAAAUUUAUUUCAGUUGUAGAAACAGUAAAAGUACAUUUGAGUAUUUUGAAUAAAAAAAAAUUAGGCAAAUUAGUCAUAUAGAUUUUUUUUUUUUUUUUUUUAAGGAUAUGAAGAAUAUCAACAAAAUGAUGAGUGUUAAUCACUAUGCAGUAGUACGUUGCUUUACUGGACUUCUGUUGCAUAAAAAGUUCUUGAAUAGUGGGAAUUCCGGUGCAUUACUGUAUGCUUAAACCUUUGCCACAGUUAGAGGGGUGUUGCCUCUCAUCAUUGUGUCCUGGGUUCAAUUCCUGUCUUGGGACAAAUGUGAGAAGGGUGUUAUCUAGUGUGACCCGCCCAAACAUUACCUUUUUUCACCAAGUCCAGUACUCUGGUUUCCUCAUAUACUAUUGCUGAACAAUGAAGGUUGUAACAAAGGAAUGGACAAUAGACCUUACACCCAAAAGGCUAGUAAGCUGAUAAGUGAUGAAAAUUAAAAGUACAGUCCCCAUCUGGACAAUAACUUUAUAUACUGGAACUUUAAGGGAUAAAUUGGGUAUUUUAUAUGAAAUACACCCAAACGGAGUGUUGCAGUAAUGUUAAAAUGCUCAUGAAAAUUUAGCAUUGAUAUAUAGACUGUACUAUAUAUGUAAUUACUGUACAGUACAGUACAUUUCAAUAAAUGGAGCAUCUUUAUUAUGCUAAAAUGCAUCUCUCACCACUGAGUGAAAUGAUGAAAAGAAUAUAGAAUAAUUUAGAGAAAAAUAACAUCAUAGGUGCAUCACACUGGUAACUCACAAAGCUGAUAGACCACCUCUCCCAUGAGGCAGGCAACCUAGUAUGUUAAGGCUCUCCUUGCUGUGUCAUACUUUGUCUUCAAGAAGUUUAGUUCAGGGAUUCAUAGCUGUUAGCAGAAUUUCUCCUCCAAAACUCAUGUACAGUAUUACUUCAACAUAUCACAAGCCAAGAUAAUGCAGGUGAACUAUAAACACAAAAUUUUUAUGAAAAUAAGCAUGUAAAUUGUUUCUGUCUAAUUUCACCUCAUAGAAAUGCAUUCUUUUUACUGUACAGUACUGUAUUCUUGUGCAGUAAUAUCCUUUUCUAUGCAAGAUAAAUGUAAGAAAAUUCUACUUGGUAAUUGUGCACCACUAAACUUUUUAUAUCUACAACUCCAAAAAUACCACACUGUAACUGGUCACCUGUUGCCUCACCCCUGGUCUUACAUUAUAUUCGCUAGUCUGUUGUUAUUACAUUGUUGAUUUAAUCAGUUGUCCAAUCAUACAUCAUACUACUGUACUUUAACAUUCAGUGUAAUCAUCAUGAAAAAGACUGAAUUUUAAUGACUACUGUAUACCUUAGCACUCAUGGAAAUGUGAAAUUAGUGUGGAUAUCAGUGAGUUUAAAGCACUACACUUGAGAACACAUGAAAAAUACCUAGAUGAUAACUCCUCCUUAGCAUUAAAUAAAAGCAUCAUGUAUACUACUGAACUGUUACACUAAUCUUCACUGUAGAUACAAUUCAUAAAUUAUAAUUAUAUUAAAUUCAGUUGCUACAUUACUAUUGCCUUCAGUGAAAGGCGCACCAAAUUGUUCAUCCUGUCGUAAAUAAUUUGGUUCUUAAUUGUACAAUUAUAAGUGACAAUCAGGUUUAGUCAUUGCAUUUAUUUUAAACUCUGGGAUCUUUGAUCACAACAAAGUUAGCUGCAUUGUUGGCAUAACAGUCAAACAAGCCAAAAUCCAGGCCAUUGAUUGAGACAUGCAUAAAGCAUGUCAGUCUUUGUUCUCCAAGGUGGGUGCAAGAUUUUGUCCUAAUAAGAUUAUGACAACUGUAUCUAUGCUUAAAAGAUGCAGAAUUCAGUGUAAUGAUCAGUAACAGCCUCAUCAGUUUCUCUCCUAAAUGAUGCCUUUCCUGUACCUUCAUAUAGUACACAAUUUCUGGGGUUGAAUACCCAGGUCUCAUUACCACAACAUAUGUGACAUGCUAAAUUAGAUCAUCUGGAAUAAGUAUCUAAUUUAGAAAAAUUCCGUUAUGAAACAUUUCCUGAUUUAAAGUGAUUGUUACCGAUUCAAAUUCCAUAUUACUUAAUGAUAUUUCAGGUCUAGUUGCUAAUUCAUCAACAACUUUUAAGUGUUUAUAUAGGCAAACUGAGGAAAGGAUUUACUGUUGUCUUUUCCUUUCAAGAGCUUAUCGCAAUCUCCUGAGUUCUGUCUGCCUACACAAAGACUCGAGAUUACUAGAAUUUUUUGGGUACUCCGAACCUAUUCUCUGUUCCCUGGAAUUCUUAGCAUUUUAUAACAGUGAAUUUGGAAUAUGUUACUACAGUGUUGUGAAAAUUUCCUUUCUCCUGUCUCUCAAGGGUAAGGAUAGUUUUUUGAGCUUUGGGUUCCUAGGAAGGAGGGAGGACUGUAACUUUAGGUUCAUUACUUUCAUAGCCCAAUAUCAGUGGGUCUGUAGUUCAUACUAAUGCAGGAACCUUUUUGUAAGCUCCAGACAUGGAAACUUUAUGAUGCUUUUCAUUAUUCACUUUGUCAGGUGAAGAGGGUUCAUGGUGACUUUGGGGUAACAUUACUUGGGACAUAGUGUUCUGAUUUUACAUUACUGUAUGUAUCUAAGAUUUGGGUUUCUAAGUUUCUGUAUGUAAUGGCUUCAACCCUUUAGCUCCUGGAGGUUUCCCUAAGCUGAAUGGAACUGUCUGGCAGUAGCCAGAAUAAAAUUUUAAAGAAUGAAAAUUGGUGGGAAAGGGUUAAUUUACUUCGGUUUUAACCCUUUGGAUCCUGGAAGUUUCCCUAAGCCAAAUAAAUUGCAAAGGUGCGACAAUCAGUGAGAAAGUGUUAAGGGGUUAAAAUCUUUGAGACUGACAGUUCCUUUUAAGUAUGAUCCUGUGAACUCUCGAACAUUGCAUGUUCGUCACAUCAUUUGAGAAUAGAACAGGCUGGAUUUUGACGAGAACUUUCAUUUUGGAUACCUUAAUGGUUCAAUAUUUAAACAAUACAUUAACCAUAUGGAACAUGUAAGGGGAGUAUUUUUUUUUAUAAUCUGGUUGAUAGUGUAGCAUUCUGAAAAGGGCUGCCAACUGCUCCUGCAGGGUUUUUUUUCCCCCUUCAGGUUUUUUGGGGGGUUUUCCCCUUCUCAAGCUCUCUGAGUAACAGGAAUUGCUCGAGAUGUGAUUUGACUAUAAAUGGGGAGAUUUGAUCCAGGAAUUCCAGUUAAUAGCUAAUUUCAGAUCUAGUGAUUCACAUAUCCCUCAACCACUCAAGGGAAUGGUUGAGCAAUUGGAAAGUGAUGUUGAAAAUUAUGGUUAACUGGCCUGUAGUCUCUAUUUGAUGAUCAUAAAGUGAUUCUUUUAAUAUAGCUUUCAAACUAAACCGGCCCUUUGGGGUCAGGAAGGAAUAACUUGCCUUUGAAACUUUUCUGGAGUAGUUAGUUCUUUUACACUUGUUCUAGUGUAGCACCAAUCACAAAUGUUGGGAGUUCUGAGAGCUGAAUUUUCAUCCCCAGAGGACUAUACUAUAACUAGUCACCCAAUCUGUGUUAGGCUAUAAACUGGGAUUCAUUUAUUUUUCCACACCAAAAAGCAAGGUAUCCAUUUUUAUGGAUACCUUGUUAAAUGUAAAUUAAUUACCAUUUAUCUCUUGUCGUGUAAGAUUUAAAGAAUCUCGUCACAGACAAGAUAUUCCAUGAUAGAUCAAGGUACAGUACAGUUGUAAGACCAGCCAUGAAACAUGAAUGAGAUAACUUAAGCAGGUUUUUGCUUUUAAAUCCAAGAUGGAGAGCAAAUUGAACCUAUUUUUAUGAUACCCUUCAUUUAAAGUAACAGUAGGCAUGUUUAUUUUGUACAUUUGAUUAUUUAUGCAUAGUAUUCCAAAAAAAAACAACUUUGCAUUUGUACUGUACUUAUGUUAGCUUAACAUGUAUUUUCAGGAAGAAAAAUUUCAGCAUUUAAUAUGUUUUCUGUCUUACUCUUUACUGAGAUUGAUUUAUAUCCUGGAGGAAAAGUACCAGAUUAUUUUUGUUUGUGUUAACCUUUCUGAGAUGGUUGGGAAUUUGCAAUUUUAAAUCUUGUAAAUUUUUUCCCAGUCUCAUACUUGCCCCCUCUGCAUUUUUGGCAUUUGCAAACUUUGUCAAUCUCUUGCCUGUAUUUUUUGCCAUGUUAUCACUGUCAAGGUUGUGGAUUUGAAAUUUAGUCUUUUGUCUUGUAUAUCCAAUGUUAGUCUUAGGUUUUUAAUGAAUGUGCUAUUAGUGAUGUGUGUUUCAGUCAUAAACAUCAGUCAGUCAACCAAUAUUACCUUGAUAAAUUAAUUAUAAAUGUUCAUUAUACAUUUGUCUAUGUUAAUGAUUUUAUUCACUAAAUGUUUCUUUCAGUAUGGGAAACUUGUAGAUAGAGUUCAAGCUACUAAUAUUAUUGUGUGACGCCAUCUCCCAGGUAUGUAUAUCAGUCUCAGAGUAAUGCCAACUCUUACUCAUUUACUUAAAUUUGUGCAACAAAAUCAUAUUUCAUAAAAUUCUCAGAUUUACUCAUAAAAUUUUCUAAUAGUAGUGAGCUUUUGUAAAAUCACUAUGUUGUUUGAAUGUGAUAUUCUCAUUUCAGUAUACAGUACUGUACUGUACUCUCCUAAUAUUUACCAGAGUUUCUGCUUAAAGCCAAGGAUAUUUGGAUUUUCUAUGAUAGCCUUAAGCAUUGUAAUAAAUCCUCACAUUAUCUCUCUUAAAAUUCUGAAAGAUUUAUAUAAAGCUUGGUACUGUUAGUUACAUAAGAAUACAGAAUUUAUUUUUAAUACCUGCUGUCAAACACCAUUUAAUAACUAGUCAGAUAUACAAUUGCUUUGGUAUACAGUAUUGUUCAACUAAACUGUACCCAGGUUAUUUACCUUAACCUGUACAAUUACAGAAGCUACAGUUAGCCUACCUCAGAAUGGUUCUGUAUUUAUUUUCCCUGUUUGUAGUUGGACUCCACAGUGUUAAAAGGUUUUCCAAAGGAAAGGCCUAUUGUCAUUAAGACUGACAGAUCUCCCCCCAUUUUGCCCUGAGUUACGUCAAGUAAUAUUUUCUUUGGGAGCUUAUUUACAACCCGCCAUGCAGUUACCUAAUAUUUUCUGCAGAAAGAGUAAGGCCAGCUGGCAGUUCCUUUGUUUAAUGGUGUUGGUAAAUUUGGAUGCUCUAAAAUGGUUCCAUAAAACUUCCAAACUGGUUUUCUUCCAAUGCAUAAAAUAACAUUUUUAACACAAAGUAACUCAGGGAUGCUUUUAAAGUGGUGCUCCAUCCAGAAUGAUAAUUCUUCUGUCAAGGAUACUGAAAGAAGAUAAUGACAUUCCAAGAUGGGUUGACAGUCAGUAAUAGGAUUCUAGGUCUGCAUCACACAUCAACAAAAAAUAAGUGUCUGGUGCUUCCGUUAAUUUCAGUUUUUGGAAUCUCUUCAAAGGUCCCAAGAUUUUCAUGGUUGAUAACAGGGUAAAGGGGGGAUUUUUAUGGGAUUUGUAAGUCAAAACACCCCACAGAUCU